UGGAAGUCUCGGGGAAGUUCCACACUCUCCUUCAGUUCACCGGGCUCUGGGCUCGCCAAGCGGGUUGUCAUGGCAACUGUACAGCAUGCGCUUGCAAAAACAAGAGCUUGACCAUUCACCCACCGCUCUCUCGACAUUCGACAUCCACGGCGCCAUCUUCUUCUUCUUCUUUUUCAAGCCUUUAGAUAGGCUCUCGUUUAAAUAGGAGGGAAGCUGAGGAGAACGGGAGGAUGAGCGGAGCCAAAUCCCGCGGCGACCAGCCUGUUGCUGAAAAUGUCACCAGCGGCGGGCACGGCACUGCGGCUCCUCCGCGGGACCGCAAGACAGGCGGAGGAGUUCUGAAGAGGCUCAAGUCCCGAAGGAGCCAGCAGGUGGACGGGAGGGCCGUAACGGAGGAAGACCUCCGGGCACAGACUGGACACAUCACCCCGGAGGACGUGCUGGGGCUUCGAGUAGCUACUCGAGGGUACCUCUGUAAACCUGAGGACAAUAUUUACAACAUCGAAUUUGUCCGCUUCAAGAUCAGAGACCUGGAGACAGACACGGUCCUAUUUGAGAUUGCCAAACCCCCACAUACAGAUGAUGAUGAGGAGAACAGAGAGUCAGACGCCAGCACAGGCCGGUUUGUACGCUACCAGUUCACCCCAGCGUUCCUGCAGCUGCGGACCGUGGGAGCCACGGUGGAAUUCACGGUUGGGAACCGGCCUCUAAGCAAUUUUCGCAUGAUCGAAAGGCACUACUUCCGUGAUCACCUGCUGAAGAGCUUUGAUUUUGACUUUGGCUUCUGCAUCCCAAACAGCCGUAAUACCUGUGAGCAUAUCUAUGAGUUCCCUCAGCUGUCUGAGAGCCUGGCAGGACUUUUGCUGGCGACGUCAUUACUGAUGAACACAUGGGCAGCUUGCCAAAAGGUAUUUGUAGUUUUAUUAAGCCAGACCUCCCAGACAACCUCAAUUCCAAAAGAGUUGUGACACUGUCAAAUGUAAAUAAAAACAGAAUGCAAUGAUUUGCUCCUAUAUCUGCUAUACCAAUAUUUUAUUCACUGAAGAACAUAGAAAGCAUAUCAAAUGUUUACAAUUUAAAAAAAAAUACAAUUUUAAGAAAAAAAAAAGAGAUCCUUUUAAAUUUGAUGACAGCAGCACAUCUCUAAAAUGUGUUACACGAUCAUUUAUGGACUGCUGGUUUUAACAACAGUCCAUAAAUGAUCUCUGGGAACUGAGGAAACCAGGUGCUGGACCUAAAUGUUAUCCUAUUCUUAUCUAAUAUAGAAAUCUAGUUAUUGAGCAGUCCCAAAUAACUACAUUAUAACUAGAAACUUUGUUGCAAUUUCAAUUUUAUGAUGUAUUAAAUGGUUUCAGUUGGUGAGAAGUCUUCGACAAUGAAGCCAUGCUGUUGUAAUAGACACAGUACACAGUUUAUCAUUGUCUUGCCGGAAUAUCCAAGGAUUUCACUGAAGAAGACGUCGUCUGGAUGGGAGGAUACGUUGCACUAAAACUUGUAUAUACCUUUUAGCUUUGAAGGUGUCUUUUUCCAGACGUGCAAGCUGCUAAUUCAGUAGGCAUUAAUGCACCCCCAUACCAUUAGAGAUGCAGGGUUUGGAACUGAAAACAAUCCAGAUGUUCCCUCUUCAGCAUUUCUUGAUCAUGUGCACAUUAUAGCUUUGUCUUUACUUGAUAGCACUUUAACCUGAGUUUGUGGAUAGCACAGUGAACUGUGUUUACAGACAGUGAUUUCUGGAAGUAUUCCUGAGUCCAUGAUUUCCAGAAUAGAAUCAUGCCUGUUUUUAAUGCAGCGCUGCCUGAAGGCUUGAAGGCCAUUGUCCACUGCGCACGGAGAUUUCUCCAGAUUUUUUGAAUCUUGAUGAUAUUACGUACUGUAGAUGAUGAUAUAUUUAAAGUCUUCACAUCUUUACACUGAGCAACAUUAUUCUGAAACUGCUCAGUGUUCAAUUGUUCAGUGUUUUUCUGUAGAUUGGUGAACCUCUGCCAAUCUUUACUUUUGAGACACUCAUGCAGUCAUGCAGGUCACGGUAAUCUAAGGAGCUCGGAAGGAAAAGCGACCGGACUUCUUUAGGUUUCUUGAAGACAGCUCCCAUUAGGGCUUAAAUACCUGGGACUCUCCACCAUUUGGUCUUAGAACUGAAGAAGCUUUUCGGAUGAGAGGUGUAACGUCUUCAGGGAAGUUAAACAAGUCCAGAGGCUUUUCUUUCCAACCUCUGCCUCUCUUUUUAUGCCCAGUCAUGUUGCUGACCUGCUACCACUUUAGCAGGUCAGUCAGAAAAUAUUUUUUUUAGUACCACUUAUUUUCCCAGGCUUUUGUUUGCCCCCAUCCCAACAUGUUUUUUAGAUAGACUCUGAAAUAAAUUUUACAGAGUGUUGUGUUUUUGGAAAUGCGGCUCUAAUUGUAUCCAGAACAUCACACAGAUUCUCUGUAUGAGACAUUAUGUCAUUUUCUUCAACACUUGGCCAUGGUUUAGGUUUUUAAUCCUGGCUUAAUACUAUAAUACUAACCAUAAACGCCAUAUGUACUUUGAAACUGUGCUUGGCUGCUGUGAUAGUUGCCACUCUUCACUCUGGCCGGGAAGAAAUCCUUCCUGAAGCAACAACACGAAACAAACUUUAGCCAAAGCUAAUAUGAAGCUUCAGUAACGAGCUAGCUAAAAAUAGUCGAAAUCCAGACAGUCUGUGUCAGUUUCUUGCCAGAGUUUUGUCUGGUAAUCUACACUCGACUAUCACAGAGGGCUCAGAUGAAGCAAAACACAAAGAACUUAAGCAAAAAACACUUUGAAAGAUGUCAUUUUUAUUGCUUUUGCAGUACGUUAGCGUACAUGACAGUGUAUAAUGCACACAGCAUUACUGUUUUAAUAAACAGUUAUAUUUACUUGUGUAUCUAUAUGUAUACACUAUACCUUGUGAUGUUGCUGAGCCUUUUCUCAAGGAGCGAUAGAGUUACUGAAGUGUUUUUUUGUUUUGUUUUUAUUUUUAAGUUUUACUUACAUGGAUAUUCAAAAAGUUUUCACUGACAUGCAUUUAUCAUCUGUUUUGCAGUCCGUCAGAUGGUGGAGUGUCCUUAUGAGACUCGGUCAGACAGCUUCUACUUUGUCGAGAACAGACUGGUCAUGCACAACAAGGCAGAUUAUGCUUACAACGGAGGACAGUGAUGUUUGCCUGCUUGCGUGCAACCACACACACAAAC